UUUGAUUUUACAUCAAAUUAAAAAAUGACGAAACGUACCAAAAAGGUUGGAGUUGUUGGCAAAUAUGCCACCCGUUAUGGUGCAUCAUUGCGUAAGAUGGUGAAAAAGAUGGAAAUCACCCAGCAUUCCAAAUACACGUGUACAUUUUGUGGAAAGGAAUCCAUGAAACGAACUUGUGUAGGAAUCUGGAAAUGUAAAGCAUGUAAAAAAACCGUUGCUGGUGGUGCAUACGUAUUUUCUACAACAUCGGCUGCAGCCAUCCGAUCGGCUAUUCGUCGUCUUCGUGAAACAAGAGAAAAUUAGAUCAAUUUCUAAA